AUGCCGGCAGGACUCGUCUUCGUUACCGGAGUCUCCAGGUUCGUCGGUUACGCUACAGCUCUUGAGAGGCUACAGCCCGGGAAUCGCCUUCGUCUGAGCAUCCCGUGGAUAAAAGCAGCCUCAUCAUCUUACUCGGCUAGCCUGGAGUCUGUCAUUAUCCCGGACAUUACCAAACGAGACGCCUUUUCCGGACAUCUGGUCGGAGUCGACUAUGUUCUGCAUGUUGCUUCGCCUCUUCGUAAGGGAACAUCAAAGGCCGACUACUUCCCAGGUGCUAUCAACCUGACCACAGCCAUUCCUUCCAAGGUAGCCAAGGUUGCGAGCAUCCAGAGGAUCUGUCACCUCUUCCGUUGCGUCUUUGAUAUGCACCCCUUCCCCCCUGCGGCAAUGCUUCUCUACCAGGUCAGCAAGAUGUUGGCACUGCAGGCCACCAAAGCCAUCGUCUCUGCACAUAAACCAGGGUUUGACAUGUGUGCGGAGCACGGGCUUAGUUUCAAGCCACGCGCAUUGGAUGACAUUGUCGGACAGAUUGUGGAUUAUCAACUGCGGCUGUUUAAGAACCCCACGAUCUAA